CAGCGAGCAACUGUUGAGCAGUCAAGAUGUCCGGCAAGGCAACCUAUGUGAAGCACAACAACGGCACCCAGAUCCAGUCCAUUGGAUUGGGCACCUACACGUCACUGGGCGGCGAUUGUGAACGGGCCACGCUCCAUGCAAUUGAUGUGGGCUACCGGCACAUAGACACCGCCUACUUCUACGAGAACGAAAACGAAGUGGGUGCGGCUGUUCAGAAAAAGAUUGCCGACGGCGUCAUCAAGCGGGAGGAUAUCCACAUCACCACCAAGCUCUGGUGCCACUUCCAUGAGCCGGAGAAGGUGGAGUACGCCUGCCGAAAGACCCUAAAGAACUUUGGACUGGAGUAUGUAGAUCUCUACUUGAUGCACUGGCCCUACUCCUAUGUCUACAGGGGGGAUAACGAAAUGAUGCCCACCGAUGCUAAGGGCGAGGUGGAACUCAACGACAUCGAUUACCUGGACACCUGGCGUGCCAUGGAGAAGCUGGUGGAACUGGGCCUCACCAAAAGCAUCGGCGUUUCCAAUUUCAACUCGGAGCAGUUGACUCGCCUGCUGGCCAACUGCACGAUCAAGCCGAUCCACAACCAGAUCGAGUGUCAUCCCGCUUUGAACCAGAAGAAACUGAUUGCCCUGUGCAAAAAGAAUGACAUUGUGGUGACCGCCUAUUGCCCGCUGGGAAGACCCAAUCCCGCUGAAAAGACUCCCAAUUACAUUUAUGAUGCCAAGGUCCAGGCUAUUGGAGACAAAUACAAGAAGUCUACAGCCCAAGUUGUGCUCCGAUAUCUGAUUGAGAUCGGAACCAUUCCAUUGCCCAAGUCAUCCAAUCCCAAGCGCAUCGAGGAGAACUUUAAGAUCUUCGACUUCAAGCUGGAUGCUGAGGAUCAUGCUGUUCUGGAUUCGUAUCACACUGGAGAGCGAUUGAUUCCCAUGAGCCAUGCUGUUAAGAGCAAGAACUAUCCAUUCCAUAUCGAAUUUUGAGCGGGAAUGAAGGAAAAUUAUUGAUAUUCAGUUCAAUAUGAUAUUCUGAGAAACAAACCACUUCACAGUGAAGAUUUAAUGUCUGUUUUUGUAUUUGUUAAAUAAAUAAAGGUUUGAUACCGCUUUUAUUAUAA